CUAGAUUGAUGAGAAGAUUAAGAGAAGAUCAUCAACCGAAUAGAAGUAAUCCUAAUCUUUUGGUAGGACAUAGGAAUGGAAAUGGAAAUGGAAAUCGGGAAGAAGUCGUUAUGGGUAUUACAGAUGGACAUCAUAGAGAAGAGAAACGAAGGAAAAGAAACUCGAGUGGGUGUAGUAGUAGUCAUAGUUUUAGUGGGUUUGGUAGGUUAUGAUUCAUUAUCGGUUAUGAAGGAUGAUCAUUGGAUUUGGAAGUCUUGGAAGUUAUUUGAGUGUUUUGGAAAGUUGGAAGAAGUCACUUGAAGUUUUGGUGUAUGGUUUCUGUUUUAAUCUCUUUUGGUUGGGAUUCAAGGGAUUUGGUUUUCUUUUUUUUUGGAUUGGGUGUUUUCUUUGUUAUUUGUUGGAAUUGGUUUGGAUAAGAUUGGGUUUAGGGAAUUAUUGAAAUUGGGUUUAUAUGGUUUAAAGUGGUUUGUGUAGUGUGGUAUUGUAUUGAAUCAAAAGUUUUUUAUGAUUUUUGUUGGAUUUUUUUUUGGAAAAACAAAGAUGGUUAAAUGGUUUAAAUAAAUGAUUAGAAUUUUGGUAGGUUUAAAGAAGUUAUAGUUAUUGGAUUGAUUGUCUUCAAAGUAUGUAGUUGGGAAUGGGUGUUUUUUUUGAUUUUUUUUGGUGAUUGGUUGUUUCAAGGAAUAGGGCUUUGAUUGAAUGAUUGAAUGAUUGAUGAAUUUUUAUGAAUUGUUAUUGACUUACC